GUUCUAUGACCCACUUUCAGGUCUCCUCUGCAGACUGAGGUGGGACGAUGUUCUGGACCAGAGUUCUGGAUCAGAGAUCUGGAUCAGAACAUCUUCAGAUCCAGAGCCGCAGGGGAACCUUUGGACCUGGUUCUGAACCUGGUUCUGGGAUGAUUCUCUGGACCUGAUUUCUUCUGAUUUUGAACAUCUCCCCUCAUUCUGCUUCACUUCCGGCUUUUAUUUUCCGGAACUUGCCCGUUUGACGUCAUUUCCGGGGUAGAACACCUGGGUUGUGUAUUUUGAAGUCUCAGACCGGAAGUUGUUGGUCCGAGCUGGCUGUGGGUUCGGCUCUGGUUUCCAGUGGUCUUUCCACGCGUGGACGCGGUUCCGUGGAGAUGGAGAUGUUCAACAAGCUGAGCGGGAUGCUGCUGGGGGCCCUGGAGGCGAGGGAACCUACGGUGGACCUGCUGGACUCCUUCGUGGAUCACUGGAGGUCCAUCACCACCUACUACAUCCAGACCACAGAUGACAGCCGCCCCGCCUCCCAGACCGACAUCCCCUGGCGUCUGCGGCAGAUGUCUGACAUCCUGGUGUACGAAGAGAAGCAGCAGGAUGUGGAGCAAACCGGGCCCUGUCUGCAGUACCUGCUGCAGCACAAACUUCUGGAGACCAUGACCACCCUGGCGAAGGCUCAGUAUCCUCCAGGGAUGACCCAGCAGGUCCUGAUCUUUGUCACCAAGCUGCUGCUUCAGAUGCAGAAGCCUCUUCUGCAGCUCGUCCCCGUCUACAGACCAGUACAGAAGCUGAUUGAACUCUGUGCUCCUCCUGGUUCCGGUGCUGAGAAGGAGGAGGUCCGCUUCCUGUUUGCCGUCUGCAGCAGACUGAACCAGGAUCCACAUGUUCUCCAAAACGUUCUGCAGCUCCCAGACCAGCAGCUGUCCUCCAGUCAGAGCGCUGAUGCAGCCAGCAGCCAAUCAGAGCCCUCUGCAUCAAGCCCCGUCCACUCCCAGCAGGGUCUGCUGUGGGUUCUGGUGCAGCUCAGCAGGAGUCCUCGGCCCCCGGUGCGUCUGAAGGCCUGUGAGGGCCUCCUGCUGCUGUCGGCCCUCCUGGAUGGAUCCUCAGAGGAGCUGCUUCCUGCUGGGGCCCAGCUGGGAGAGCUGCUGGCUGGGAGGCUGCAGGAGCUCUACUGCCUGCUGCCCCAGGAGCAGCUGGAGGCAGAGGAGCUGAGGAGCUGGCCCCGCCCCUCAUGGAGGUCGGAGUCUCAACUGGAUCACCUGACCUCUUUCCUCUCCUGGUUCCACUUCCUGGAUCAGCUGACCACAGACGCUCCCCAGGUUCUGUCUGUCCAGGUGUCCCAAUGUGUCCGUGGCCUGUGGCUCAUGGAGACUCUUCUUCCUCAGCUGCUGCACACGUGUGAGCAGAACAUCCUGGUGUCCACCUCUGUCCUCUGCCAUGUUGUCAGAAUGGUCCAGUCCCCGUCUCUGCUGGAGCAGCUCCUCCACUUCCUGUUGAGGACGCCGUCCCUGAUGGAGCAGCUGCUGCGUCGCUGCGACCACGUCUCUGAGCAGAUCAGCAUGACGUCUCUGUCUUUGGUGGAAGAGCUGCUACAGAAGCCUCACAGGGACAUUCUGGACCACCUGGUGCUGAGCUUCCUGCAAAGCCGCAGUUACCUGUCGUCACCUGUAGGGGUCCCAGAGGAGCGGCAGCCUGACAGCGGCGAGGAGGGCGAGGACCCCCAGGACCUGGACGACGACCCCUUCUUCUCAGACGGCUUCCCUGAUGACCACCUUCCUCCUCCUCUUCAUCAGCCUGCUGCUCCAGGAUCGGCUGCAGACGUCGUAAACAGUUUCCUGUGUCUGGUUCCGGUCCAGGUGCGAUCCGCCCACCUGCUGCAGGAAGGAGGCUAUGAGUCCUACGUGCUGGAUGCUCGCUCCUUGGUGGCCCAGUGCCGGUCUCUCUCUCUCUCCUGGGACUGGCCAAAAACUCUACCCCCUCCUACCUGCUCUCCAGGUAAAGAAGGGGACUUCUUCGAAGGUCACCUGCUGAAGGUUCUGUUUGAACGUCUGGGACGCAUCUUACAACAGCCAUACGAGUUGAGCCUCCAGCUGACUGCCAUCUUGUCCCGUCUCUCCUCCUUUGACCACCCUCUGUUGGACGAAUACCUGCUGGACCCGUACGUCCCCCUGUCCCCAAGCAGCAAAUCGCUGUUCUCUGUCCUGGUCAGGGUGAUGGGGGAGCUGGUGCAGCGGACCCAGCAGGUCUCCAACAUCUCAGAGCGUCUGAUGGACACCAGGAGACACCUACUGGGCCUGAACCAAAACCCCAGCCUAGAACACCUGACGCUGCUCCAGGGGAUCAUCGUUCUGGAGGAGUUCUGCAAGGAGCUGGCCGCCAUCGCCUUCAUCAAGAUGCCUCUGGACCGGAACCAGCAGAACCUCAGCACAGAGGACGAGUCUGCACCCGGAUCCACCGGACUGCUGGAGCAGAACCGACCCGUCCGGACCGGAACAGACUGAGCAUCUGGACCAGAAAUGACCCAUCCGCACUGGAACCGGACCGGGAGAAACUGAGCACCUGGACUGGAACCGACUGAGCGUCUGGACCAAGACCGACCCGUCCGGACUGGAACAGA